AUGUCCAGAUACACUUGUCUAGAUACCAAAAGCCCCCGCUCCUUUCUUUUCUGCGUCGUCGCCAAUGUCGGCCCCUGUGGGACUAGCCGCUCUCUGGCCGUGGCCUACCGCCAGGGCAGAGACACUCGCAGGGAAAGGGGUCAACUGCCACGUAUACACCAUGUUGUGGCAGACAUCCUCGCGCUGAUCGAAGUUCUCUCGGAUCCCGCGAACCGUGCGCCGCUUGAGGCGGAGAGUGCGCUCGCUAAGAUCUGGUACAGUCAGUCUCAAGGGGAUAACGAGGCCGACAUGAAUCACCGGCCCAGUGUCCCAGACGCGCCGCAGCCCCCUUUUAUCGUGCCUGACGGCAAACACUGGUGGCAAUGGGAGGAGCAGGUGCAAGCCGCGCAACUACGGCCCGAGCUGCCGUGGAAUUAUGACGCGCUCAGCAAGUUCCCCUUUACAACGACGUGCCUUUUGUUAGGACUGUUGCGUAAUGAUUGCGAUGGUGAUACCAAUACCACUAACCAAAAUAGCGUGCGCUCUGGCGACGUCCAGCUCCAGCCGCUAUCCACUAUCUUCCGUGCCGACUGCACCGAGUAUGGCCUUGUCGUUCUUGACAUCUCCGACCUCAACAGCGGCGUCAAAUACGGCAUUCUUGCAUUCCCCGUGUGCUAUAUGGCCGACGUUUGGUGCCACAAUCCCUAUGACUGGGAUCCCAUCGAAGAUCGCCCGCCUGAUAAGGAACCCGACACGAUACUCGCCAGCCCGCGGCAUCGAGUGCCGUUAUCUAUUGAGAAGCCGCUUGUUGAUCAUAGAGCGUUAAACUACAUUUGGCCGCGGGAGCUUGAAAUUAAGCCAAAGCCGCGUGAAGCAGUUCCGGAAGGUCUCAUAUCAAGCAUUUCCAACUACUUCUGGCCUCCAAAGCCCGGGACCCGCGCCAAAUCCGCAUUCCCACCAGGCCCGGGCUGGACCAUCUCGGACGACCCACCUGGAAAGGAGCACAGGGACCUCGACGAAUAUGUAUCCUAUGCAUUCCUACCAGGCCCCGGAUGGACCAUUGCGGACGGCCCGCCGGGAAAGGAACACAGCGAUCGCGCCACCGAUAAUCUGCUUAUUCUCACACAGGAUCUCGCUGACCUUCACCUCGACCAAAACAAAAUCCUCAAUUUCCAAAAGCUCGCCGAGUUCCGCGAUCAUGUACAGAGGCGGAUAGAAGAGGUGCCUGACAGCCUAGGCCCGUCUGAGGUCUCGGGCCAUAUUCUGCGUGUUGCGUACGCCGGACACAUGCAUCUCAACUGGGUCGCGUUUAGGAACCUCUCACCCAGCGUGAUCGCUGCCGCCAUUGAAUCUGACGAGCUUCGGAGCGCGUCUGCGCUCAGUCUCUGCAUCGAUAACUUCAAGCUGGAGGGGAACAAGGGAGAGCUCGAUGAUUUAGCAGCGGCUCUGUCGCAGUCUACGGGCCUCAAACAGCUCUGCUUUUUGCAAAGGCCGGACCGGGACAGCGACAAUUCCUCCGCUCGUUUCUGGACGGAGCUGCAGCAGCGGUGGAGGUCAUCGGGAGACUUCGGGUGGCUCCGUGACAAAACUAUCUAUCUGACUUGCGCCUUUUCGGCAUCCUUGUGCAGCUCUAAAUUAUCAUCGCCUUUGACGACUGAUGUCCGCUUGACUUCUUCCGUCGUCCAAGCCUUUCCUGUGAUGCACAUGUUCACGUUUGUCGAUGACGCAGAUCACCGCUUUCAAAAACACCUGAAUAGUUCCAAUCCAAGUUACUACGAAGAUAUGAGCAAUACCCUUCUAACUGCCGAGCGCUUUGCCGUCCGGUUUCUAUUAUACCUCCUUUCCUUGGGUUUGGGCUCCGACAAAGCCAUCUUUCGAUUCGCUAACGAGGGUGCCUCCUCAUCCCCCACCACUACCACUAUCACCACCGACAACGACGAUGACGACAACUCACCAUCGCAAUCGCCAUCGUCAGGACGGUUCGCCGUGAGUCCUAUUCCCGCCGGUCACUUUGCCCCCCCUCCCAAAGUGAACGUCCAGUCAAGGAUCCGAGUCAGAGAUAUACACCCCGGCAGCUGGGUUGUUCUUGUGGACCAACCAGGCCGCAGUUUAAUCGACGACGACGCUUUGAUACGAUACGCUUUUGUCAGAACCGGUCAAACCUCUGCCGAGAUUGUACUGGAGCAACAACAACAAAGAUCCGUCCCCGUCUCCGUGUCCUUGGAGGUAGUAGGUGGGCUAACAGACUUCCUGCGCGAGACCGUGCCAGGGAUCAAUCUUUCCAUAUGGGAGAAGCGGAUCGAGGACAUAGGGAAAGACCUUCAGGCGCGGUGGGCUUCAAAUGAAACGGGCCGAAGCUACAUCGGUGUCGACGUUAUGGAUGAAAGCACUUCUCUAGCCUUGCUUGACCAAAUCCUGUGA